AUGGAGCCCCUGUCCGCUGUCGGCGCCUUUUUUGCUUGCUCCACAGGUGUGGAGUCUUACGACAAAGAAACAAUCAGCGACUUGGAGCACUGGCGGAGCCGAGAGGUCAGUUUGAUAAAAAGCAAGCAAGCAAGGCCUCAGUCCUCCGAGGUGACAGCCGCAAUGAGAACGACUCUGGUGGACUGGUUGGGUGAGGUCCGGGACGAGUUCCGCCUUCACUCCGAAACCUUGUUUCUAACGGUCACAUAUUUGGACAGUUACCUGGCGGAGAAGUCCGUACCACGGAGCCGUUUUCAGUUGCUGGGGCUCGCGUGCGUCUGGGUGGCUGCCAAGUUUGAGGAGGUCGUGUCUCCUCCCGCAAAUGCCAUGUUGGCGAUGGCGGAGAACCUGUACACGGCAGCGGACCUCACUAGCAUGGAGAAGGAGGUGCUGUUCACCCUGGACUUUGGAAUGGCCGUCCCGACGGCCUUGCGCUUCCUCCACUACCUCCUGCGGCUGGCGCCACUGCCGGCCAACCCCGUCGCCGCCACCUCUGCUCGCCGACUUGCGGAAUCGCUGUUGGAGCUCACGCUGCUUGACACCGCAUUUCUGACCGCUAAGCCGAGUCAGCUGGCCGCUGCGGCCGUGUACUUGUCUCUGGGGCUGUUGGGUCAUUGUGCGGCUCUGGAGGAGUUUGUGGAGCUCACCGGAAUGGAACCGCACGCGCUGGGGGUGCUUGUCAAGCGGCUGUAUCAAGUUUUACAAGAGAUCAGCUCGCAGCCGCACCCUUGCGCGAUGCUGCUUCGGUUUCGAGCGUGGGAAAAGUUGCACGGGGGGCUCAGCGGUGGUGGCGGUCGUGGUGCCGUACCCGCUGCAAUACAUGCCGCCGCCCGUACGACAGCGGCGGGAGGCGCGAAUACCUCGACGAGGCCGCCGCUGGUUUGUACGACUCCGACACGGAGGUCCCCGCCUUCGGUCCCUGCCUCCGUCUCCAUGGCUUGCUCGGAGUCUCUAUCGUCAUCAUCGUUUUCUCCGGGCCAGGAGCAGCAGUCGCGGGAAGGAUACACGGGGUACUGCUACGGCCACAAGGAGGUGUCGUCGUUGUCGUCAUCGGCGGCGGCGGCAGCGGCGGCAGCGGCAGCAGCGGGAAGAGCAGCAGAAAGGCCGUUACCUUUAUGUGUUGAGUUCGCUCCGCAACGUCCACCUCGACCGCAGCUUGACCCGCUGGCGGUGGCUGCGCAGACCUGCCGUUCUCCUCGGCCGCCAAUUCCCGCCAUUUUCCAGCAGCAGCAGCAGCAGCCGGCGCUGGAAGAGCAGCAAGUGGUGGUGGAGCGGCGCCUUGAAUUCCAGUCUGAGGUCAGUAUCAGUUGA